UUCAGUUUCAGUUUGACAGAUUAGCGCUUGUAUGAGAGGCUGUGAUUGAAGUGAUUGAUUGUUUGUUUCUCGGUGUUUUUGUUUAUUGCUGACAGGCGUUUCAUUCUAUCUUCUUUCACCACCGUUCCGAAGAACACCAUGCCGGCCAGCGGGCCAGUCUAUCAGCCUACAACAGUGAGUUAUGAGCAGCAAGGCGAGUGGUCCCGACCAGCUAGCUACCUCAGCCAGACUGUCAGCGGUGGUGUGCGUGGGCCACGCUGCGUGCAAUGGGUCCUACUUGCACUGGCUAUCUUCUCUCUAUCCGCAGGUGUGAUCAUGGUGGCUGAAGGAACAGUGGACUUCACAGACAACAAACAGACGCCAAUGACAGACGAGCACGGGAACGUGAGUCAGCCUGAGUCAAAGACGGGUCAGCUGAUCAUCACUGUAGCUGGGGCACUCCUCAUCAUCAUGGGCAUACUGCUGAUUGGUGUUUACAUUCGAUUGGUCAGGAGGAGGAAAGGAUGUCCGUGCCUGUCCAGCAAGGAACAGAGGCUGGCAAGACAGCUGGACAAUCAAGUCAGUAAUGGCCAGAUCCUCACUCUGAAUCCUUCGACCGAUCUGUUGGUGGCUGCCCAGUAUGGACCAGUGUCGGAGAUCUCCUAUCUGCCACCACAGCAUGAUGCUGAGGAAACCAGGAAACUGAUGGCUAGUGACAAUAAGGAGUGCCGAGCACAGUCCGUAAGCGGGGAGAGAGUGGAGGAGGGAAAGGAGACUGCAGAGGUGGGAGAGAAGGGAAGGGAGAGUCGGCGUGUGCAGAGACGCAACUCUCUCCCGGUUAUUCGCUACCGUAACCGACAGACAUCCCGAGCUCCGUUGGCGUCCCAAGAGGACAUAACCCCUUCACUCCGUUCCUCAUUCAGUUCUGCAGACUUUUAUUCGCCCACUGACUCAAUCCGAUCCUCCCUUCUAGAAUCGUCUCCGACUUUAUCACAUUCCUCUACUUCGGACCAAGAACUAACGGAGUCGGCCUUGUAAGGACAGACUCAAAUGUUUCACCUAACUUUACGACUGACGUAGCGUAAUCGAACUGUGGAAUUGUUUUAACUGUGUGUAGACUAAGUUUUUUUAUAGUUUUGUAAAUUUGUUGUAAUGUUUGUCUCUUCUCUAUUUAUUUUAUUAAAUCUUUAGAAUCUCGUGUUGUUCAGUUAUAGAUGGAUUUAUUUGAUUAUUUACUCAAUAAUGUUUAAAUUUUUAGCAGCUUAAAUAUAUAUUAAAAGUGUUUAUGUUCCUUUUUUAUCCUUGUCAUGUUGAUCUGGUAUCAUAGUGUCUGGUAUUUUAGCUGAGUUAAUUUAACUGCGUAGUAUUUCUGUUUUUGAAUAGGGUUAUUGGAUUCUUAUAGUAGGAUCCUAGUAGGAUCUGUAAAUUAAUUUUUUUCAGUUACAUAUAAACAAGAAUUUUCAAAUUUUAGAAAAAUUUUUAAUUGUCUCAUACUAAUUUUAUUUAUAUUAAUUACCGUCAUAAAAGUAUAUUCCUAAAAAACGUGUAAAUAUAUGGUAUUUAUAUGCAUUUCUCGAGAUUUUUUACUGACAUCGAAUUUUAUAACAUCCAUGUCUACAACAGUGUAUUUACUAUUACCCUUUGAGUCUUAAAUGAUUUCUUGUUUUAAAUGGAAUGAUCUAGGGUCAGUAAAAUAGUUUCUCUUAUACUAAUGUACAAAUAACAAAUUUGAAAGAUUUUACUAAAUAAUCCAUAAAACCAUAUAGAAUUGCAAGUUACAGACCUGGAAUUUUAAUGAUAUUUUUAUAAUGGACUUAAUGAUAUUUUUAUAACUUGUAUAAUUAUGUAGGUAUAAACAAUUUGCAUUCAUCUUUUGAAAAUACAAAAGAUAAUAAUAAGAAAUACUAUACUAAGCAAUCACAAAAUACGUUUUUCAAAAAGAUAUCCUAAUUUAAAACCUCUCAGAUAAUUGCAAUUUAUUUAAAAGUAUAUGUUUUGGACAAAUGUUGAAAAUAUCAAAUAUAUUUGUGUAAUUAUACAGUAUAUAAAUAUAAAAGAAUAUCAUUUACGUAAUCAAAAGUAGCCAAUCUUAGAAAUUGGCAAACGUUGUACUGCUUUUCUUGCUAAUUAAAAAAAAUCUUAAUUGGUAAAAUCUGGACAUUUGUUGCUACUAAUGCUGAAUGUAAAUUACAUUAUGCUAAAUGUAGUAAUCAGUCCACACAUAAUAAAACAUCUAUGAUCACCAAUCACAAUAAUAAACUGUAUCAUAAAAUAUGCUACUCAUUAAAAAUAAUUCAAUUCAUUGCAGACAUAUUUUAUAAAAUGCUAAUAAAUUGUACAAGUAAUCAAUUAUAUAUAACUAUUCAAGGAUAGAACAUUUGUUUUUUCCAUUUUAAGAUAUAGUUGAAUGAAAGUGGUACCUUAAAAAAACUAAUUGUGCCACAAUAACAUAUUGUUGUUUAUCACUCAAAGGGUUGAUUAACUGAUUUUUAAGAUAUCAGUAUUUUUACUGAUUGAAUAACUUAGAUGGUUUUACUUUAGUCCAAACAAAAAUAUGCAAUUUGUUUAAAGCCUGUACAUACGUAUAUGUUUAGAAAAGGUAAUAUUUUUUGCAAUUCCACGAAUACAAAUAAAAAUUUUUAAUAAAUAAUAUACUGAAAUAAAAAUCUAAUUUAUUAAUUUAAUUGUUUUGUCCAAAUUACCACAAUAUUGCUGGACUCUUUCCCAUUUACCAAAUAAAUGGUAUUGCAGUAGAAGCAUGAGACAAUUUAAGGUCCAAAAUUGAACAUAUAAAGGCAAUGUGAAGCUGUUUUGUAACAGUGUCAUUCUGAAACUAGCAACUUUAAUGUAUUUUUUGCUAGUUUAAAAUAAUCUAAUUUAAUAAAGGUGGUGGCUAAAAGCACAAUUAUUAUUGUCUGUUCACUGCAUAAACUUUUGGCAGUUACAUAUUUUUAUUAUGCGUGGUAACUUUCUAAAUGUACUACACAUGUCUAGAAUGGUAGAAAAUUCAUGCAUUAUUUGUUUUUAAAUAGGAAAUCAAAACCAUUAAUGAAUACUGCUGAGUAGUGUUGUUUAUUGAACACUGAACAUACACUGAGCACAUACAUGAUAAGUACAGAUACAUUAUUGAUUAACACAUUUUAUCCAUAAACCAUAUGUAAAAUACAAGGGCUAUUCAGGACAUAAAUUUUAUACUGUUGUUAAAUUAACUUAUAUUCAACUCUACAGUAAAACAAAGAUUCACCUAUUAUGUACAUGCAUUUUUAAAUCGACCCAUUUCAAGCUCUAUACGAAAACUGAGGUUACUUAUGGAGAGCUAUGUUAUGUAUGCUGUAUGGAACAGCUUACUUGGUACAUAAAUGAGUGUGAAUAAUAAAUCCUAAAAGAAUUAUGCUUUGAUAUUAUGGUGGAUAUUAUAUGGUAUGGGCAUUGUUAUUAUUCAAAACAGACAUUUAAUGCUUUUAGAAAUAACUUAAGAUCCUUGAGUAUCAUAACACUGUGUCAAAGGCAUUGACACGAAUAAUUGUGCUUGUAACCAUUGAGGUACAUUUAUUUAAUAUUACGUACAUGUUGUAUUAUAGUAUAUAGAAAAAUAUUUUUAUAUAUUACUCUUCAAAGUUACAAUAAAUCUUAAACUAAAAAUAUUUAUUUGCUUUUUAUGACAUUAGAAUUUUAUUUCACUAAUCGUAUUCAUUAUUUAUAUAAAAUGUGUAUGUAUAUACAAGGCAUCGAAAAUAAAGUAUCUAGGCAUAGGAUUUUUCAUGUUUAGAACUAUUUAAUAAAUUGAUGUUGAUUAAUACAUUCGUUACCACUUUUUACAGUGAAGUAGAUCCAGUUUAAUCAUUGUAGUUGUAACAAUUCUAACUUGAAAUUAUGGCACAAACUUUAAUUUUAGAUAGAAACUGUUUGGAGUUGGCGUAUCUUAUGCUUUACCGUCCAAGAACACUAAAGGCACCAAUAAAUACCAGCCGAAUUUUAAAUUUUAUUGCUCAUCUUUGACAUCAUUAUUGUUUACUAGUUACGUAAUUUCCGUUCAUCUUUCUAAUCCUAUAAACUUAAAAGUUCUGCUCAAAAUUUUACUUGCUACUGUUUUUAAUCCAUUAUUAGACUAUUGUAUACAUUUGAGAACAACAAAUAUAGCCUUGAGCUAAUAUAAUGGAUUUAAUUUUGUUGCCUUACAUUAUUACGGGCAUUUUGCUAUUGAUUUUUGUACAAGAUAAACAUUCUUGAAAAUAAUUGGUUUCGUACUUACUAGUUCUGUAAAACAACAAGCCAGUAUAUAAUAUAUUUAGAUUACUUAUUUAUAUUAAGCAUGAAGUAAUUAUAUUUAAUUAUUCCAAUUUAAAGAUAUAAUAGUAAUUUUAAGUAUUACUGUAGUGAAGCUGUUCAAAUAAUGAGUAGUAUUUUGAGUAAUGUGACAUUAAUUUUAUCUUUUCUGAAUCCCUAUUUUUCCUGUUAUUUUUUUCAUUCUUCCAUCAACGUUUUAAAGAUUUUUUGUAUUAAAAACCUUUUAAAAGUAAUAAAGAUUUUAUAAUGUUUGAAUUUAUAUUAAUAUAAAUGUACAUUAAAGUGUAAAAACUGAUCUCAAUAUUUGUUUUUAAAUAUUUUAUUUGUAAUCAGACUUGUUAAAAUUAAUUCUUUAGUUACAAAAUGAUAUUGUUAAGGAAAAUGUGGCAGCAAAAAAUAAAUAUAAAGUAACAGUUGUCAAUUCUUAAGGUUUAAAACUCCAAUAAAAUUCUAUUAUAGUAACAUAUUUGUUGUAUAUUGUAGUAUAAUUGUCUUUUAUUGCUAAGGUAUCCACAGGUAAUAUGAUAGUUUAAUCAAGUUUGAUUUAUUGUUACAUAUAAUUCAAUAUAUGUAAUUAAAUUCAAGUGGUUACAAAGUAUGAAAAAAUAUUAAGCUAAUAUUAACUCAUCUAUCUAAUAAGCUUGUAUUGUGUGUUUAAAGUUAAAUGUUUAAAAUUAUAACUAAACAAUGAAUAUUUUUUACUAAUAAAUAAAUAUAAUUUGGCAAUACAUAAAAACUUCAAUGAAGACUGUGUAAGCAAUGUUGAAUUUUACCAAAGCAAUCAAAACUCAUGUUCAAAUACUGUGGUAAACAAAAUCUAUUGUUUAUUUUUUUUAUUUAAAAUGACUGUAUAGUCAAAGUACUUGUACUUCAUGACAUCACUUACUGUAUGAGAUUUUUAUAAUACUUUUUUCUUGUUGUAUUGAUAGUCUUAGAUUGAGAGCACUGUUUUUGAUUUGGUUGUGAUUUUAACUUUCGUUGAAUGUUUUGACAUUUUUGUCUUGCUGAGCAAGCACGCUUUGUCUAUUUUUUUAAUACACUUUUAUAUUAGUA